CGGUUUGCCGGAUGUGACGCAGUGAGGUGCUCCUGAGACAGUGGUGAGUGCGGUCAGUGUGGCAGAACAGUCCGCGAUGAAGCGCGCGCUCACUAACGCUCCGCUCAGCGCCACUUUAUUCACCGGAAAUCACAAAGCUGCAGCUUUCAGACCCGCAUCAGUCCGCCAGCGGCACCGGGAUGUGUGUGACGUGGCGGUGGUGGGUGGUGGAAUUGUGGGAGUGGCCACAGCCAGAGAGCUCAGCCUGAGACACCCAAACCUCACAUUCACCCUGCUGGAGAAAGAGAAAAAGCUUGCACAGCACCAGUCGGGGCGUAACAGUGGGGUGAUCCACAGUGGUGUGUAUUACACUCCGGGCUCUCUGAAGGCUCGGCUGUGUGUGAGUGGAGCAGCUCUGGCCUACGACUACUUCGACAAGAAGAACAUCCCAUACAAGAAAUGUGGCAAAUUGAUUGUAGCAGUGGACAGUGAGGAGGUUCCACGACUGAAAGCUCUGUAUGAACGUGGACAGAAGAACAAUGUGAAAGACCUCACACUGAUCAGCGCCAGAGAGAUCAGAGAGAGAGAACCUUACUGCAGGGGGAUCAUGGCCCUGGACUCACCCCACACAGGGAUCGUGGACUGGCGUGUGGCUUGUUUAUCGUACGCUGCAGAUUUCCAGCAGGCUGGAGGCUCCAUCAGAACCACAUUCACCGUCUCAGACAUCCAACCUGCAGCACAGAGUCCAGCUCAGAGCUCUGAGGGUCUGAAAUAUCCGAUCAUCAUCAGGAGCUCGGAGGGAGAGGAGGUGCAUUGUCGGUUCGUGUUGACGUGUGCUGGUCUUUACUCUGAUCGUCUCUCGGAGAUCUCCGGCUGCAGCGCCGAGCCACGCAUCGUCCCCUUCAGAGGAGAUUACCUCGUGCUCAAACCUGAGAAAAACUACCUCGUCAAGGGCAACAUCUACCCUGUUCCAGAUCCUCGAUUCCCAUUCCUCGGUGUUCACUUCACCCCCCGAAUGGACGGCAGCGUGUGGCUUGGACCAAAUGCCGUACUGGCGUUUAAACGUGAGGGAUACACACUUACUGACUUCAACACCCACGACUUCACUGACGCACUCGCCUUCAGGGGUCUGCAGAAGUUGGUGAUGAAGAACUUGAGGUUUGGUGUCGGUGAGAUGUACAGAGGGAUGUUUAUCAGUGCGCAGGUGAAACUCCUGCAGAAGUACAUCCCUGAUCUUCAACCAAGUGAUGUGGUCAGGGGUCCUUCAGGAGUGCGUGCUCAGGCUCUGGAUCGUGACGGUAACCUGGUGGACGACUUUGUGUUUGAUGGCGGUGUGGGAGAGCUCGGUAGCCGAGUGUUACACGUACGAAACGCGCCGUCACCUGCAGCGACCUCCUCCCUCGCCAUCGCCAUGGCAGUCGCUGAUGAACUGGAGGCCCGGUUUGUUCUGUAGACACACCAACAGCUGUGAUGUCAUUAAAAGGCACCAUCAGAGAGGUGUGUGUGUGUGUGUAAAAUACUAGUCAAGUGCUUCACCUACUUCAGAUCUGAUGUCAUUGCUCCACCCCCAGUGACAUCAUAGACAUUGUUCUAUUGGCUGAUCUCACUCUCAUGACCCUGCUAAGACCUCGUUACUGAUCGGAGUGUCGUUAUCACUGCGCUGUGAUGGUUCUGUGCACACAGUGGGAUUAAACUAUUCUCAUUUUAUAAGUCAGAUGAAAUGAUUUAUCAGAUGAGCGAUCCAUCAUGUUGUACGUCAGGGAUUUUUUUAUGUCCUGUGUGUGAGUGAGCUGAGAGUGAACUGGAAUGUAGGUGCUGUUUUAAUGAUGCUGAUAACAUUUUAUAGUUUUGAGAGGUUUGGGGAAAUGAUUGUACCAACUGUACUGAUGAAUAAAUUAAUAUUUUUAUUCUUUUAGAAA